AUGUCGUUUAUAACUUUGGACCAUGCUUUCAUCACUGCACUCAUUAAGCGUUGGCGACCAGAGACUCACACAUUUCAUUUGCGUUCAGGCGAGUCCACAAUAACCCUACAGAAUGUGGAAAUAAUUACCGAUCUCCCAGUUUACGGUAGACCAGUUACUGGGGACUCAAGAUUUGACAAAAAGAAGAAAAAAGAAUUAUGCAAGCAUCUACUAGGGUUGGAUCCACCAGGAGAAGUUAUGAGUGGGUUUAAGGUUAGUUUGAAUUGGUUGCAAGAUAACUUUGACGGAAAGGUCAAGGAGGGGGAUGACGAAGUCAUGGUAUUGAGGAAAGCUCGCGGUUACAUUCUACAACUUAUAGGUGGCAUAGUUUUGCCGGACCAAUCUAGUUCCCAUGUCCACUUAUGUUUCUUGUCUUUGCUUAAUGACCUUCAACUUGCUGGUACUUACAGUUGGGGGAGCGCUUGCUUAGCCACCCUUUACCAUUACCUAGACUUUAGCUCUACUAUUGGAUCGAAAGACUUGGGUGGGGGGGGGAUGUUCGUACUCUUGCAAGUUUGGGGUUGGGAGCGCUUUCCUUUCCUUGCCCCCGCAAGUAAUGGGAAGCAGGUCAUUCGUCGUGAUUCUCCUCCUAGUGGACGAUACAGUUUCUUAACGAAAGAUGUCAUUUACAUUUAG